CUUAACGCGCGCACACACAAACGCGAAAAAGGAAAUGCCCUGUCACAUCUCUAACCAGUCCAUUUCCAUCUGCCCACUAUAGUUUUUUCUUUCUUCAACGAUGACCACCUCCUCCAAAAUCCCAAAAUCAAACUUAGGGUUUUCUCAACUUCAAUUUGCAUCUUCUUUUUCUCGUUUAUCUUUCUUCUCUAUUUCCAUCUAAUCAGUCUGUAGAGUACAGUAAUUUUCUCAAAUUCAAUUUAAUUCUAUUCUUUUCCAAUACAUGGACCAACAACAGCAGCAGCUACAGCUGAAGCUGGAGGAGUAUAGACCUUGUACCCAACAAGAUAAAGAAUAUGACAAUUCUUUACGUGGCGCUGAUCCUAUGACCAUCGAUCAAUGCGAGACGAUUCGGGAAAUGGACGAUUCCCAGCUCGUUGGAACUUCUACUGCUGUUGCUGCACAUACACGAGAUGUGUCCAUGGUGGAUGUCGAGGUUAGAACUGUUGCGACAGUUGCAGUUGCGGAUAUGAGUACGAUCAAGCGGAAGCGGGGCCGACCUCCCAGAAUUCAGGGGAAAACCGGGCCGCCAUCUCUGUCUCAGAGGAAGAAGAAAGAUGAGGAGGAUGUUUGCUUUAUUUGUUUUGAUGGUGGCAGUCUCGUGCUUUGUGAUCGCCGGGGUUGCCCUAAGGCAUAUCAUCCAGCUUGUAUCAAGAGGGACGAAUCAUUCUUUCGAUCAAAAGCUAAAUGGAAUUGUGGAUGGCAUAUAUGUAGCAGUUGUCAGAAGGCUUCACAUUAUAUGUGCUAUACUUGUACAUACUCCUUGUGCAAUGCAUGCACCAAAGAUGCUGAUUAUGUGUGUGUAAGAGGGAAUAAAGGAUUUUGUGGAACAUGCAUGAGAACUAUAAUGCUGAUUGAAAAUAUUUGGCUGGCAAAUACGGAAAUGGUUCAAGUGGAUUUUGAUGACAAAACUAGCUGGGAGUAUCUCUUUAAGGUCUAUUGGGUUUACUUGAAAGCUAAGCUGUCUUUAACAAUAGAUGAGCUAACGAGAGCUAAAAAUCCUUGGAAGGGAGAUGAGUUACCUAAAACCAAAAAUUCUUGGAAAGGAGCUGGCAUUGUGGUUCCUAAGGAGUCAUCUUCAGGUGAAAUUUAUCGUGAUCAUGACGAGAAAAGCUCUUGUUUGGACAACUGCUAUGGAAAUGUGGAGGCAAAUCAUUCUAAGAAAAGAAAAACUAAGGAUCAACCAAACCUUCUCAAUGAGAACCACUCUCUAGUUUUGGACAAAUCAGGCAGUGACAAAGUCACACCUUUGCUUGAAGGAACAACAUGGGCAACAAAGGAGCUCUUGGAGUUUGUAGCACACAUGAAAAAUGGGGACAUAUCUAUGCUUUCUCAGUUUGAUGUCCAAGGUCUUUUACUGGAAUACGUAAAAAGAAACAAUCUCUGUGAUCCACACAAAUCUCAAAUUGUUUGUGAUUCAAGGCUCUUAACUCUGUUUGGAAAGCCAUGUGUGGGUCAUCUUGAAAUGCUGAAGCUUCUUGAAUGCCAUUUUCUUAUAAAAGAAGAAUCUUCAGCUGAUGAUGCUGUUAAAGUGGGAGUUGCUGAUGCUGUUGGUGGACAGUUAGAGGCUGCUGGAAGCACUGAUGGUCAACUGAUUGCAAGUAAUGACAGGUGUAAAACACACAAAAAGAUGGAUGAGAGGGGACCACAAAUUUAUCCAAAUCCAGAUGAAUAUGCAGCAAUAGAUGUUCACAAUAUUAACUUGUUAUACUUGAAGCGUAAUUUGAUGGAGAACCUAAUGGAUGAUUUCGAGAAGUUUCAUGAAAGGGUUGUUGGGUCAUUUGUGCGAAUUAGGAUUUUGGGUGGUGAUCAAAAGCAAGAUAUGCACAGGCUUGUCCAAGUUGUAGGUACUAGCAAGGUGGCUGAAUCAUAUAAAGUUGGCUCAAGAACAACCGAUAUUAUGCUUGAAAUAUUAAAUUUGGACAAGAAAGAGGUUAUAUCAAUUGAUGAAAUUUCAAAUCAGGAGUUUUCAGAGGAUGAAUGCAGACAUUUACGCCAGAGUAUAAAAUGUGGGCUUAUCAAACAUUUGAAAGUGGGUGAGAUUCAAGAAAAAGCAAUGGCGCUUCAGCCUUUCAAAGUUAGUGAUUGGCUGGAAGCAGAGAUAUCACAGUUUAAUCCUCUUCAUGAUCAAGCUAUCGAGAAGGGACAUGGGAAAGAGCUCAGAGAAUGUGUGGAAAAAUUAGUACUUCUGAAGUCACCGAAGGAACGUGAGUGCAGGCGACUUGAGAUACCCAACAUACAUACAGACCCAAAUAUGGAUCCAAGCCGUGAAUCUGAAGAAGGUGCUGGAGGAUCACAUGAAAAGGAACAAGGUAACCACUUGAGACCAAGAUUAACAGGUGUUGACAGAAAGGCUGCUGAGCUCAAUUCUUCACUAAGAGAAGUUGAUGGGCAUGGUGUAGGAAACAGUGCAGAAAAGAAUUUAGCUACUGCCUGUGAGAGAAAUAGAAACAUGUGCACUUUUUAUGUGGAUAGGGAUGGUAGUGCUUGGGUUCAUGAGAGAGUUGAUAAAUCCACAUGGAGUCAGGGAGGGGGAGCAUAUGGGCUUAAUAGUCUGAAUACAUCAGGGAAUCAUUUAGGUGCCACUGGCUCAGCAGCUGGUGAUUGGAAUAGUCAAUCAGCUGUACAAUCUGAUUCACUUCCUGCGGUUGCAUCAGCUGUUAUACCAUCACCACUUUCUUCAGGGAGAGAGCUAUCUGUUACUGAUUUUGAGACAGAAAAACUGUGGCACUAUCAGGAUCCAUUAGGAAAAGUUCAAGGGCCAUUUUCUAUGAUCCAUCUGCGUAAAUGGAAUACAAGUGGGCUUUUUCCUUCUGAUCUUAGGGUAUGGAGGAUAAAUGAGAAGCAAGAUGACUCUAUUCUUUUGACUGAUGCAUUGGUCGGCCAGCUCCCUAAAGAGUCACUGCAGCAUUGCAACAGGUAUUUACUGCCUCAGGAAGCAACGGUUACCUCUAAUGAUGCAGGUAAAAAGUGGGAACAUGGGCUCAGUCUGAGUACUGAUGCUACUUGGGUAGAUGGUAAAGGAGUUGAUCAUGGGCAGAGGCCAGUGCAAAAUGCUGUUAGUGUCAAUGCUAAAGGUGAUAAUGAACUCUUAAGUAGUAAUGAGCUGGGCUCCCAUUCUUCCACAUGGACUAAGGCUGUGGAUGUUGCAAUUACCAAUGAUGCACAGGCUCAAAGUUCCUUGCAAGGCUGGGAGUUGUCUGAAGGUGGUAAAUCUUUGGCUAGCCUCUCACCUUCAUCUUCUGAGAAGCUUUUUGGAAGUCUGUUGCUUCAAUUAAGGGAAGGGCAUGUGGAUGAAAAAUGGAGUUCCAAUCCUAGAAAUGCGGACAGGAAUUCGCACAGGGCCGCUGAGGGUAAAACUAAUAUCAAAGAGAGUGAUGAGAAAUUUGAACGAGCCGACAGUGAGGGUCAUUCAAGCCAAUCCUCUGGACAGAACUGGGGUUCUCAGCCAAUAAACAGUUCCUCAAGUGGAUGGGAUUCCAACUCUGGUUUUGUGUCUGUGUCCAAGUCUACAGAGAAAUCUGAGCAGAAUCAGGAAAUAGGUUUCUCUGAUCUGCUUAGUCGAACACCAAAGCAUAGUGAUGGUGAUUCGAAAGGUCAGCCUGCUAAUAACAAACUGUCUGCUUGUUCAAAUGUUCCUGCCCAGGAUUCAGGGCCUAGUUGGAGCACUGCUUCCAGUUUAGUGGUUGGUGGUGGACAACUUCCUGAAGUAGCUGGUAACUGGGGUAGCUAUUCUCCCACUCCUGCCAAACCUUCUGUUGAGGAAUGGGAUUCAAAUGUUGUGAAUGCAUCUUCACGGAAACCAACUGAAGGGGCCAGUGAUCAUGCUGCUACUCCUACUUCAGGAACUGACCAGUUGACUCAUUCUUCGCCAACGCACCCAGCAAUUGAUGUAUCUAGUUGGCAGCCGAUUGUUCCUGAGCCCAACGAGUUCUGCUCUUUAGUUGAUGAAUCUGUUUCAGAUCUGCUGGCUGAAGUUGAAGCAAUGGAAUCUCUUGGUGGAUUACCUUCUCCUACUUCAAAAAUGAGCUGUGGUCGGGAAUUGACACAAGGUUCUGACGAUGAUUGCUUUAGUCCUGUUGCGCCAUUUAGCCCAGCACCUGAUCCAGGUAAAAGUGAUGCAUUGAGCUCCACUGGUGAUGUACAAAUGCCUUCUCAGUUGACUGCAUCUGAUGAACCACUUCGGCUCUCUCACAUGCCUUCUCAGCCAACUAUAACAAAUAAACUACAUGCAGUAUCUCAAAUUCCUUCUCCGUUGACUGUGACCGAUAAACCUCACCAGUUAUCUCAGAUGCCACUGCAUUCGAUCAUACCUGAUGAACAUUACAAGGCAUCUCCAAUGCCUUCUCAGUCGACUUUAACGGAGGAACCACUUGGGUUGUGGCAGACUGAUGUUCUUGAUCCUCAAAAAUCAUCCUCGAGUGCUGAAGUAGAGGGAGACACAAAGCCCAGUGAUGUUUCAGUAAACCAACGGAAAACACGCUCAGAAAUAGAACCUCUGGCAUCUUCAACUGUUAACCAAGGAGAUGAAGGUUCAGAUAUCCGGGCUCCUACUUCAUCAACAGUUAGCCAAAUGGAAACUGGUUCCAACACUCGACGUGCAAACUUGAAUAGGGGAGCACCUCAAGGAAAUGCAAGCAUGGCAUGGGGAACUGGUCAUGGGUCAGUUCAGCAACGAACUAAUUCAACUCCAGCUGUUUCUACGGGUAAUGUGGGUGUAGGCAGUUGGGGAAGCCAACCAAGAAAUGGCGGGGACAACAGAUAUUCUAGUCCAAGAGACCACCGUAGUUACCAUUUUCAAGGUCGAGAAUCAGGUUUUGGUAGGGAUAGAUGUUCAUGGAACAGGCAGCCAACAUAUGGUUUUGGAAAUGGAGGUUCAUCCAAGCCUCAGGGUAAAGGGCAGCGAGUAUGUAAAUUUUAUGAAAGCGGGUAUUGCAAGAAGGGGGCAUCAUGUAGUUAUUGGCACCCAUGAAAAUAUUAGAAUCCAGUUUCGACGCAAUUGUUGUGCAUUCAAUUAUGUAACCAUCAAUUGUAUUAGGACGUUUGGCCAUGUCAAUGGUCUAAUUUAACAUGUAAAAGUAUUAGAAAGUGGCGUAAUGCAUUUGUUCUUUGGAUAGUGCAGUUUAGGGCUGCAUGUUGCAGCAGUAAGCAGAUAUAAAUUCUUUUUUUUUUUUUUUACCGUUUCCGAUCAAUGCAGAAUGUACUGUAGGAAUUUUUCACUGUAAAAAAUGCUUGCAGCAAACUGUGUUUGACUUUGAAUUGUGCAACAAUAUAUCUGGGUUGCAACUGCUCUA